AUGCCUCCCAAAGCAGGUGGUGGCUCCGGCCAAGCUGAUGGCUCUCCUCCUCAGCCAAAGUCUACUCCAACCAAAGUCACGCCGACAAAGGAGAAGAAUGAGAAGCUUAUUCCUACACUCUCCUCCACCGAAACCCGACUUCUGGCCUUUUCCACUUAUUGGGCAGACGCCUCCAAAGUCGAUUAUGAUGAGCUUGCUUCACUGGCCGGCAUCAUGCCAUCUUCCGCGCGCACCCUCUUCCGUGCUGCCAAGCGCAAGAUGACCAAGCUGGUUGAUGAAGGCGCUAGCGAUGACCACCCAACUCCGGUCAAGACGCCCUCCAAGGCUGGACGUAAGCCAAAAGUUGCGAAGAAGGCCGCCCCUGCUCCCGUCCCCACCACCACGGAUGAAGACACUGAGAUGGAGUUUGAUGAGGAGGAGUUCAAGCCUCUGGCUGGAGAGCCUGAUGAGGAGGCAGCCAACACCCUCCUGGAAGCCAGCAUCAAGACUGAACGCCAGGACACCCCAGCUCUCCCUGAGGUUUAA